CUCGCACUACCGUUGGGGAGGUGCGGGUCGCGAGCACGGCCGCCCAGCGGCGCGCGAGGAGCGGAGGGCGGGGCGGAGCCGAGCCGGCGCGAGGCCGAGAACCAGUGGCGGGGGAGCGCGGGGCUGGGGCGUCGAGACUCACUGACGAAAACCCAGCCCACUUAACGCAUACAUCGAGGAUCUAGACAGUCCACACUGUAGGACAAGAAAUGCGUGUUGCAGUGAUUGGAGCUGGAGUAAUUGGUUUAUCUUCAGCUCAAUGCAUCAUUAAUCGCUUUCAACCCACAGUCAAGUCACUAACUGUCGUCAUUUAUGCAGAUACUUUUACACCAAAUACUACAAGCGAUGGAGCUGCUGGAUUGUGGCAACCAUAUGUAUUUGAUGAAGGGAAACCUGAGGAAGUUAAGUGGAACAAAGAAACAUUUGACUAUCUACUGAGUUAUGUGAAUUCAUCUGAUGCCAAUGAGAUGGGUUUGUUUUUACAAUCUGGGUACAACAUCUUCAAAGAACCAGUGCCAGACCCAUCUUGGAAAGACACUGUUUUGGGAUUUAGACACUUGACAGCAAAAGAACUUGCACUGUUCCCUGGAUUUAGCUAUGGUUGGUUUAAUACUGCACUAAUGUUGGAGGGAAAGAGCUACCUACCAUGGAUGAUGGCAAAGUUAAAAGAAGAAGGGGUCCAGUUUGUUGAAAAGAAAAUUUCUUCUUUCCAGGAGUUAACUCCAGCCUUUGAUGUGAUAGUGAAUUGUACAGGCAUCCGAGCUCAAGAGCUGCAACCAGACCCAGAGCUGAAGCCUGCUCGAGGGCAGAUCUUAAAGGUUUAUGCACCGUGGAUGAAGCACUUUAUUCUCUCACAUGAUAUGAAAACUGGGAUUUAUUCCAUGCCAUAUAUUUUACCAGGGAGCAAAUUAGUAACCAUGGGAGGAAUCUUCCAGCUUGGGAAUUGGAAUGAGGAAAACAAUUCCGAAGACCACAACAAAGUGUGGGAAGGUGGCUGCAAACUUGUACCCAGUCUGAAGAACGCCAGGAUAGUAGAAGACUGGACUGGACUUCGACCUGUACGUAGCAGGAUCCGUUUAGAACGACAGACCUUCAAUGCAGGACCAGUGAAGUUUGAGGUGAUUCACAACUAUGGCCAUGGAGGUUAUGGCCUGACUAUCCACUGGGGCUGUGCCAUGGAGGUAUCAAACAUCCUUAACAAGAUCUUGCAGGAGAGGAAUCCCAGUUGGAAAAUACCAUCUCGACUGUAAUUAAUCUCAAUUACACAUGCCAUUCUGUGCUCCCAUGGAUUUAACCUCUGGUAAAUGGUAGAAGCUUUGUACUGGCUGUAUUUAGUGGUUAUUGGUAAAUGGUUAAUCCAUUGUAAUCUCCAAAAUUCCCAACCCCAAACUCUCCUGCCCUUCUAACUUCUACCCCUGUUGGCCUACACCCAAGUAUCUUUGUUCCGUAUUUUCCCUCCCAGCUAUUCCUCAAACAAUUCUGUAAAUUUUCAAGUAGGGAAUUUUUGUGACCACAUUAAUUUUUAUCAAUCCAUUAAGCCUUAGUGUUAAAGUGAUUAUUUCUUUUUAAUCUGCAUUUUGAAGAUCAAUUCAAUGUCUCUUAAAGUGAGACAUAACAGGGUGGGCAACACUGCUCCAUCUAUCCAGUUAAAACUGCUUGGGUGUUUGUCCUUGCCUGCCCUCAAAAGUAAUCCUGACAAACUAUGUCUGGAGAGAUUAGUGGCAUAAUUUUAAAACCUUUUUUUAAAAACAUAGUCCUACUUUCAUCAGCUACUACAGAACUUAGAUUAAAAUUGUGAUUUUACGAAUGUUAUUCUUGCUCAUUGAGUUAGCAUCCAGUUAUCUAAACUGAAAAUAACAAAAACUAUUAAGCCACAUUGAAUGGUGUUUUAGUGAGACCUGCAUUGUCUUAAAAUUAUUCAACUAGAGUUACUUUAAUAUCUGGUGAACCAAGUACAAGGAAAUAGGAAAAUUGAGAAUCAGAAAUCAGUGACCUCAAAAAUCUGUUAACAAAGACAAUAUACUUCUACUGCAUUUUUGACUGAUCAUUAUAAUAGUUUCAACAAAUGUUUAAAUAAGUAGAAAAUCUACAUAUUAUCAAAAUAUAAAAGAAUGAAAAUUAAGGGUAGUGAGCACCAUUGAAAUUGCUCCUAUUACAUCUUUACAUUAGCAAUAAGUUAAUGCCAGUUAUUUUGUAAUAGUAAUUGCUAUAAUAUAACUGAUUUAGCAGUACAGAAUGAUCACUUGCUCACAGCAACAAGGAAUGUUUUGUAAUGACAUUAUUGGCUUUGUGAUGAGGAAUAAUGAAUCAUCCAGCUUUUUAUAGUCUUAUAAAUUUAAAUAAAUGAGUUCAAUAAAAUUU